AUGGUUGUCCUGAAUCCCUUCAACGGACCUCUUGAGCCUCUGCCGAUAGCUCGAUGGUUAGAUACCAGCGAGGAUAUCUUCAAGGAUGAGGCAAGUGCUCCCCUUGAGGAAAAGGAGAAAAUCCACGCAGCCGGCAGAGCAAUCAACGCUUCUGGGGAUACUGAGAGUCUCCGCAACUGGUUUACGGAGAACCGCUCUGAACUUGAAGAGAUGAGCUGGAACGAAUUCAAGGAUGCGCUUAAGGACCAGGCCCUUGGUACUGGUUGGCGCAUCCGUGCCCUGCGCGACUUCUUCACCACGCGUUCUGACGGGCAAACCUUGCAAGACUACUUGACGGGUCUUGAGCAUAAAUUUUUUAUCCUUAAGAGAAACGAUCCAGCAUUCACGGAGCUUUACGAGAACCUAUAUAAGUGGUAUCUACUGUUUAAUGCCCCGUCCAACCUCGUCGAUCAGGUCUUGAAGAAUGAGGUCUACUAUGAUGAUAAGAACCUCCUUCUCGCGCGACCCCUUGAGGUCAAGAAGUGGCUUCGCAAGUAUGAUGAUCCUGCCGCAGUUACUCCAUCCUCCAUAUCCUCCCAAAUCGCAAGCUCCGGCACGUACCUACAUAGCGGCUUGACUGGUGAUUCCACGUACUACCACGCUACAUGGACCGACCUUAUUCUGUUCCCCAAGAAAUCCACCGAUCUUGGGCGCAUGACAAGUAUAAGCAUACUGUGGAGCCCGAACUAUCGCUCAAGCGGGUUGGCCAGCUUUUCCGGUUACAGAACCCGAUUUUCUAGCCCUACAAACGUGAGCGUUGACCAGGUUUACUACCCUGACAAUGUCAGCACCCAGACCCUCACCCUGGACCCCGGCGAGUACAUCAAAUCCAUCAAAGUCUCGUUUGAAUCCUACGAAGUUUUUCUCGCACCAAACAAGACUAAAUACCCUACCAUUACUGGCAUCGAGAUCAUCACCUCGAAUCCUGAUAAAAAGAUAUCGUUCGGCGACCUGUCCAGCCCUGACGGCGCCAUUGUUGCGCCUUUGGGAUGGGCAAUUGUUGGAUUUUACGGUGCCUAUUAUGAUAAUGCAGCGGUUAGGACCCAGCUGGGCCAUGACCUUAGGUGUCGCUCGAGAAUUGGUGCAAUCAUGCUUCCGGUUUAG